AUGUGCUACGACCGCUACGUGUCCAUCUGCAAACCCCUGCACUACGGGACCCUCCUGGGCAGCAGAGCUUGUGCCCACAUGGCAGCAGCUGCCUGGGCCAGUGCCUUUCUCAAUGCUCUCAUGCACACAGCCAAUACAUUUUCCCUGCCCCUGUGCCAUGGCAAUGCCCUGGGCCAGUUCUUCUGUGAAGUGCCACAGAUCCUCAAGCUCUCCUGCUCUUACUCUUACCUCAGGGAACUGGGGCUUCUUGCUGUUAGUGUGUGUUUAAAUUUUGGUUGUUUUGUGUUCAUUGUUUUCUCCUAUGUGCAGAUCUUCAGGGCUGUGCUGAGGAUCCCCUCUGAGCAGGGACGGCACAAAGCCUUUUCCACCUGCCUCCCUCACCUGGCUGUGCUAUCCCUGUUCCUCAGCACUGGCACAUUUGCCUACUUGAAGCCCCCCUCCACCUCUUCCCCAUCCCUGGAUCUGGCCCUGUCAGUUCCAUACUCGGUGGUGCCUCCAGCCCUGAAUCCCCUCAUCUACAGCCUGAGGAACCAGGAGCUCAAGGCUGCAGUGUGGAGACUGAUGACUGGAUGGUUUUGGAAACAUUAA